AUGAGCGAGGAAAAGAAGCCACAUCCAAUGAUACCAGUGCCCGAGGCUAUAAAAAUUGUGCUUCGAGAAACGGGCCGCGUUAUGUUGGACCAAAGAUCUCGUGGAAUCCACCAAAGCGAAUCAAUUUCAUCCACAGCCCCCUGGUCUAAGAUAUUGAACACUGUCCUGGACAAGGACGUACUAAUGACUGAACCGGGAUAUCCACCAUAUAAUGCAUCUAUUAUGGACGGUUAUUGUGUUCGAAGCUCGGAGUUCAAGAUCACAGAUCAAGUAGACGGUAAUGGCUUCACCCAUCAUGUGGCUGACAAUGUCUAUGCUGGUGAUCAUCCGACUGCAGCCGAAGGAAGUCCUUCUGAAUCACCUACUCUACCAGCUGCAUAUUAUAUUACAACAGGGGCUGUUGUUCCGGACACUUUUGAUUGUGUGGUUCCAAUUGAGGAAUGCCGAGUGUCAGAUGACAAACAAUUUGUCCAGGUCUUGAACUCUGCGACAAUUCAAGGUGGAAAGUGGAUCCGACCAAUCGGAUGCGAUAUUUCAGCCAACUCCGUCGUCUUACCCCAAGGACAUUGUAUGGAUCCGGUGGCUUUGGGACUUCUGAAGCAGUCUGGGGCAGAGUCCAUAGAAGUCAAGAAACGUGUGAAAGUUGGAGUCCUAUCAACUGGAAAUGAGCUGAUUCUUGGAUUCAAUGCUGAUCCAAGCCACACGGGAAAAAUUCCAGAUGUAAAUCGUCCAAUUUUACUAUCACUAUUAGAGUCCUUUGGAAACGUUGAAUGUGUCGAUCUGGGGAUGGAACGUGAUGAUGAUGUCGCUGCCAUGGCUAAACGGAUCGAUUCGGCGACAGAGAUUUGCGAUGUUAUUAUUACGACAGGUGGCAUUUCAAUGGGGGACACUGAUAUUGUUGAGAAUGUACUGAUUGAUCAUUUUGGUGGAAAUUUGCAUUUUGGACGGAUACAUAUGAAGCCAGGAAAACCUUCGACAUUCGUGACCAUUCCCAAAUCGGGCAAGACUUGCCUCGUUUUUGCCUUGCCUGGAAAUCCAGUCAGCGGUACCGUUUGUACUGAGCUUCUUGUCAAGCCUUGCCUUGACCUGUUGUAUGACGGCAUUGCAGAUGGACUGUCUGGUUCCAAGGACAGCUUGGAUAGUGAACUAGAUUCCGUUGUGAGGGAUGCUCAAGUACAUCCAGAACUCUUGGGGAUCUUGUCUCAUGAUAUUAAGUUAGACUCAGUUCGGCCAGAAUAUCAUCGAGUAACUAUUGAUGGACUCGAAAAUGGAUCAAUCAACGUCAGAUCCACUGGUGUUCAACGAUCUUCGCGAUUGAUGAGUUUGCGGGAUGCAACGGGACUACUAGUGUUGCCAGUCGGCAACACUACUAAGCCGAAAGCAUUGAAAGGUGAUCGGUAUCCCGUACUGAUCAUGAAUAAUUCUUCCCUCUUCGCACAACCACAAGUGAAGAAUUCGUUGCACUUGUUUGCGAAAAAGCAAAUGAAGGUUGCUGUCGUCUUAGUGUGCAAGGACUCAAGUUUUGCACAAAAGCUAGACUCGGUGUGCGAUCGGAUCAAGAACUCACUAAGUGGUUCGAAGAGUGGUCAUGCUGUUAUUGUCUCUAAGAGGGUGUUCGAUGGUGAUUUGAAGGAUCUCUACUCAUUAUGUAUUGACUCUAACGACGCCGACUUGAUCGUGGUUGUUUGUGUGACAUCUCCAGGUUCUUAUCUAUUCAAUUUAGACGUCUCGUCUAUGCUAUCAAAGCGGCUUCGGAAGGUUGCUGGUGCUCUCGCGCUGCAGGCACGACAAGGAGUUGCAUCUUCGAAUUCGCAGUCCGCCAUUUUCGAGGCAGUGGUAGGAUAUGCACCCGAAAAACAAGGUGCAAUGAUGUCAUGCCUUCCGGAGGAGGGGGUUGACGGUGGACUUUCAAACAUCCGUGGGCUCCUGAAGCAUGCGCUGAACACUGCCCGCGGAAAGCCUCAUAAUCACCAUCACAAGUGA